GAUUAUGUCAGCCCAUAAACCUCCCAUCCGUCCAUCACUCCACUUCCAGGUGUGGUGACGAAGACAACGCGGAAGUGUGCUGUCAACAGCAGCGCGGGGAGCCGCUGAAGACGACUGUCCUCAGUCAAACACCAUGUCCAACAACAACGAGAUCCGAUACUGUCAGAGAUGUUCCUACAUUUUCCUCAAAUUCAUCCUCUUCUCCUAUGCCAUCGGCUGGUGGUUAAUAGGCGGAUUCAUCCUGGCCAUUGGCAUCUAUGCUGAGGUGGAGAGACAACGCUACAAGACAUUGGAGGGGGUUUUUUUGGCCCCAGCUAUAAUCCUGAUCCUCCUGGGAAUCGUCAUGUUUAUUGUUUCAUUCAUUGGAGUCUUGGCUUCACUGAGGGAUAAUCUAACUCUACUGAAAGUGUUCAUGUACACCCUGUCGUUGUGUCUGAUCCUGGAGCUGCUGGGAGGGAUCCUGGCCCUGGUGUUCCGGAACCAGACGGUGGAAUUACUGAACAAAAAUAUCCGAAGGGGCAUAGUGAACUACUAUGAUGACCUGGACUUCAAAAACAUCAUGGACUUUGUUCAGAAGAAGUUUAAGUGUUGUGGAGGUCAAGAGUAUAAAGACUGGGCGGUCAACAUGUACCACAACUGCUCUGCACCUGGUCCAUUGGCCUGCGGUGUCCCAUAUACCUGCUGCAGUACUACAAAGCCUAAUGAAGUGGUCAACACUUUGUGUGGCUACAAGGUGCUGGAAAAAGAGCGUUUGGACUUGAUCGAAAUCAUUCAUAUCAGAGGCUGCACUGACGCUUUCUUCAUCUGGCUAAUGGACAACUAUAAGAUUAUGGCUGGACUGCUGUUAGGGAUCCUAUUCCCUCAGUUCUUUGGUGUGAUAGUCAGCUGGCUGUAUAUCACUCGUGUUGAAGACGCCAUCAGUGAAUACGGUCACUACACGGACGGGCUACUGGAAUCAUACGCACAGGAAAGAGGAGCCAAGAGGCAGGGUCGCAUGGCCAAAUGGUUUAAGUGUAUGCCAGAGAUCAACUAAAGGAGACAACCAUGCACAGUUUCUUAAAUCACUCCAGUUGAUCCAGAUACUGCUGCAGUCAAUGUGGGAGUCUGCCUUUGCAGGUUCACUACAAGCUGACUCCACUGUGGAGAAAAAAUGUUUUUUGUUUUUGUUUUUAAUUGGGGAAAAAUGAAUUGUUCAGCAACCAGAUUAUUUUGAAGGCUGAUAUUCAAGUGUUCUUUUUCAGUUUUACUGUAAACUUACUGUAUGUAUCCAAGAAAGUAAAUACUUAUUAAUUACUGUGUUAACGUACAGUGUACUAAUGCAUGAGUGGUAAAUAAGAGCAGAUUUCGAUAUGUGCCUCUGCAUUGUGCCUCAGACAGUCUCAGGGAUAAACACAAAAACCAACACAACCACUUUUGGUUCCUGUGUUAUAAUAUGACAUGAAAUGAGUCAGUUCGGUUACGUCACACAGACGCAAUCUACAGCACUGAUGUACUUUUAUACCUGUGUUCAUUGUUUGUUUUCUACUACCAAUUAAACCAUUACUUGACUCCUCAAUA